AUGUCAUCGACUAUUCAACACUAUGAUAGUACAACGUAUCCAUCUCACAUCACGCAUCCAUUGCGUUUAGUCGAACGUUAUAAAUCAAGUCUGAACGCUUCCAGACUACUAAGUUCUACGUAUAAAUCACUUGCAAAGCUGUUAUCUGAUGAAUGCCAAAAUUUUAAGAAAAUUUAUACCAAUUUUACGAAACAAAUUAUACGAAAUAAAAAUUUUAUCUACGGACAAUACGAAAUUUAUUUAACUGAUUUUCUUCAAGUUUUACAUUCAUAUUUACAAACGACAACGGGUUAUCUAUGGAAUCUAGAAAAUUUAGAAUUAAAAAAUUUAGCUUGGUAUGACAAUAUCAGAAAUUCAAGCAACAAACAUUUUAUUAAUUUUUUGAAAAAGGGAGGAAAACAAUUGGAACAAUUUGCAACACAAUUUCAACAAGAGCAAAAAAGAGGUUCAGAGUUUCUGAGUUCACAAGAAAGGCAUAAACUAUGUGUGACAGAUACCUUAUCCAUUGUGACUAGUUAUGGUGGAAAACGAAUUCAGGAAGAAUUUGAAUUGUUUUGGAGACAAUUUAAAACAAAAUUUGAACAAUGUUCGCAACAGUUAGAUAAUUAUGAGAAAAAACGUAUUGAAAUUUUAAAUGAAAGUAUUCAAUUAUUUUCCAUCAUUUUAGUAGCAAAAAAUAUUAGUGAACAACAAAAAGAAAUGUAUCAUAUUGCAAAAGACAUAGAGCAUUGGCACAAAAAAAAUCAAUUUCAAUUGAUAUGGUUAAUGAAACAACAACAUCAACAAACAUCGUCAGUAUUACUCAACGAGAAAAAACUAAAAUCCAAUAGAAUAUUUUCAUUGGAACAACAUAAUAGUAAAAAAUCUAAUUCAAUAAAAAAUGUAAAGGAAAACAACUCGAUUUGUUCUGUAUUCGAUUUAUUAACAAAAGAGAAUAAAUGUUCAGAGAAUACUAUAUUUACGUUGCUACAAGAACCAGGAAGUAGCAAACAGAUUGAAUCAAAUAAUUAUGAAACAUUAAACACAUUCACAGAGAACGAUAAAUCAUCUGAUAAAAAUGUAGAGAUCAAAACAUUGUCGUCUAGUUUUUUAAAUUUAUCAUCAUUAUAUUUAAUGCAAAGUGAUAAAUCAGACAUAGAAAUUAAAACAGUUGAAAGCAAAGAAGCCUAUAGAUAUCCGUUAAUCAAUGAAACUCAUAGUCAUGGUUUACAAAUGCAUAAUUAUGACAAUAGUUUGAGUAAAAUUAGGAUUGAACAAUUUGUCUCUUCGAAAAAAUUCAAUAAUCUACCAUUGACAUAUGUGAAGUAUAUCACCGAUUAUUUACCAUUAGAAAAAGUUUCCAUUGCUCUACCAGAAAUUGAUUUUUUAACAUCAAAAUUUCAAACAUCAUAUUCUCAAUCGAAUUCGUCGUUAUUAUCCAUAUCAUUAACAAAACCAUCAUCGAAAAACGCUAUGAAAAUACAACACAAACCUUUUCCCACUAUACCAUCACCGAUCAUUCAAGCAUGCGAAAUUCGAGAACAGUUCGUAUUUGAACAAAAUGGACAUCAUCUACAAACAAGUUUAACUUACAGUCCAAUAACAACGUUGAAAUCUUCUAAUACACAUACAGAGGAUACAAAAAAUAAACCAUUUGAAAUUAUAAAAUAUAUUCAUAGUACCACUGACAAAAUGAUGAAUGAAAAUGAUAUUAAAUCCGUAAAAUUGAACAACGAUAUAUCAGGUAUGAUAGAUACUAAACUAUCUGCUGAGAAUCAACAAUUUAAAAUUGAUCAAGAAAAUGUUGAAAAAGAAAUUACUAUUGUUCAAAAUAAAGUUCGAAAUGCAAUCAAUCGCAUUGAACGUCAGACAAUUAGUGCGUAA